UCACGGACUCACUGGAUAAGCCUACAGGUGUGUGGUAGUUGGCAUACAAGUCCAAAGUUGACAGACAGGUUUUGUUUCUUAUGGCCACGUCGUCAGAUCACAAAAACAUGACACAAGACGACAACUUUUAAAGUAAUCAUUCUAAUACUACUGGCCGAUAUUUAGCAGCCGGAAGUCAAUUAUUGCGCUUUCCCUUCUUAAACAAUAAUAAUUUUGUUUCUUUUAAACUUCCAGCAUAUUCACACUUGAAGUCGUGGAUGUGAACACCCACGCCCGCAGAAGCAGAAAGGACAGGCGGGACCAGGAAAUGACCUCUAGCCGGUCCGAUGACAUCAUAGCCACCACGCUCAUUCAUACGCGGAGCUGUUUGAGACGAGUGCUCGAAGUUCAUCCAGGAGUUUAGCUGUUUCUAAUAGUCUCUGUGUCCAGAAAACACGCUGCUGAUUCGUGCAACACCAGCAGAGUAAACCGAAUCACCGACAUGUCGGAAGAAGCUAGUUCUCAGGGUAACGUUUCCACUCACACUCUUCCCUGUGACCACACCUUGUAACCAAGACCCUCCUAAACUGCCUUUUGUAACGGACUCAUUGAAAAGACACACUUAUCUGUGGGAACCAGAGAUACGUGGGGUGGAGGUCCUUAGUGGGGGAGGAGUCAGCUGGGUCCAAUAAGAAAGGACACUGUUUAGUAUCAAGAGGCUAUAUGACCUCAGCAAAGCUCCUUACCAGGACGCAGCAGUCAGUCCCAGACACACAGUGCACACAAUAGCCUCUACAGUGCAGAAGCUCAGUGUGGACCAUGGAGGAAGGACCUUACAAGUACAUCAGGGAUGGAAACGGCAAAGUUAGCCGAGUCAUUCGAGUGGGAACCCGCAAGAGCCAGCUGGCUCGCAUCCAGACGGACAGCGUGGCCGAAAAGUUGAAAGAGCUGUACCCUGACAUCCACUUAGAAAUCGUUGCCAUGUCAACAACAGGAGACAAAAUCCUCGAUACUGCUUUGUCAAAGAUUGGUGAGAAGAGCUUGUUCACCAAAGAGCUGGAGAAUGCACUGGAGAGGAAUGAGGUCGAUCUGGUUGUUCACUCCCUCAAAGACCUUCCCACCACUCUGCCUCCAGGAUUCACCAUCGGAGCUGUGCUGAAGAGAGAAAACCCCCACGAUGCAGUGGUCCUACAUCCGAGCAAUGCAGGGAAGUCUCUGGACACGCUGCCAGAGAACAGUGUGAUUGGCACCAGCUCGCUGCGCCGAGCUGCUCAGCUGAAGAAGAGAUUCCCCCACCUGGACUUCAAAGACAUCCGUGGGAACCUGAAUACACGGCUGAAGAAGCUGGAUGAGAAGAAUGACUUUGCUGCCAUUAUCCUGGCUGCUGCCGGCCUCAGGAGGAUGGGCUGGGAAAGCCGCAUCAGCCAGAUCCUGGAGCCCGAAGACUGUAUGUAUGCUGUGGGACAGGGGGCGCUGGCAGUGGAGGUUCGGGCCAGAGACGCAGACAUCCUAGAAAUGGUGUCCAUCCUCCAUGACCCUGACACUGUGCUGCGCUGCAUAGCUGAAAGAGCCUUCCUCAGACGCCUGGAGGGUGGCUGUAGUGUCCCAGUGGCUGUGCACACCCAAGUAAAGGACUCCCAGCUGUACCUGACGGGGGCGGUAUACAGUCUGGAUGGCUCCAACAGCCUGAAGGAAACCAUGCAGGUCAGCAUCGCUGCAGGGGCCCAGAGCUCGGAAAAGGUGGACGAGCAGGUCCAGAGAGUAGGAGUCACGGCCAACAAGAUCCCGGGUGCCGUCCAGGACGAGGCCGAGAAGCUCGGCAUCGAACUGGCCGACUUACUGCUCAGCAAAGGAGCCAAGGAGAUCCUGACGGUGGCCCGGCAGCUCAAUGACGCCAGAUAGGUCUUCCUGGCUGAGGGCGGGGCCCCAGAGCAUGCAGGCAGUCGCAACCUGAGCUCCAUCUAAUGUUGAUCUGCUGACUGUUUGCUGCAUGAGGUCAGGACUUGUGGUCAGGGUUGUAGAAAGCUGCUAAACUGGCUGCUAUUAUCCGCUCACUGAGAGUCCCCGCUUUCUCGGUUCCUGUGCGUUCUCAUGCAGAGAACCUCGUGGAACCUGAGCCACGUUCAGUAAGAAACACGCAGUGGCCUUCAGACGUUGUUGUCAACACUUAACAGCACCAGUGCUGGCUGAUAUCAGUCUGUCAGUACUGCUGCUAAAAUUCUGCCUUUGUCUAAUCAUUUGUUCCCAAAGCUCCGACCGUUUCAUCCACAUCUGCUGUCGAUCCUCACAAGCAGAUACACAGCAUCUUUAAGGUGGACUGCAAAAUUUCAGUUCACGCUUAUGUUCACUUUGGCACACCCAUUUGUUGCCAUCCAGCUGAGGAGGUUUGCUUUAUUCUAAGAGCGUGGUUCCUACCUCAUUAGCAGAGGGUAUAUUUCCUCCACACACUGGGCUUCAGGGAGUGCCACCUUUAACACUGGGAGUAAUGCACAUGUGGAGUGUGUGUGGGUUUUAAUAUGACUGCAGCUCCAGUCCCUGCACGUUUUCACUGUCCUGGCCUGUUGUCCUGUGUAGUGCUUUGCUGGUCACAGGGAUGCACUGAUAUCCAUCCUGUGCUUACUGAUGUAUGUCAGAGACUGACUUUUAUGCUUUCUCACAUCAGUCGACGUUCAGUGAUGGUGUGAUGCAGAGCUGUAAGUUUGAGGAGAAUUAAAAACGACACAGAGCAGAGAGGAAGCUUCCCGUAUCAGACAGAUCAGUGCAUCCCUGCCGGAAGCCGAUGAUGGGGAUGAACUGUGAGCUUUUGUGAGCGAUGCUUGAAGAGAGUGACUCCCCAAAGCUGGACACGCACUGCAUCAUCAAACAAGAAAACAUGUGAUUAGAAAAGUUCCCAGUUUUUGUAAUGAUGAAGACUGUCAUGCUGUGGUGACGACCUUCGUCCUGACUCACCUGUUACGUUAUAUUUCUGGAUUUAGAUCAUUAUGUAAUAUUGACAGUAGAUUGAUUAUUAGAGCAUCUCUGUUAUAUUUAUGGAAUCUGUGUGUCACGACUACUUUAUAAAUAUCUGAAAUCACAUUGAUGAAUUGGUUUGAAGGUUUAAGUACUGAAGAGGACUCAUCAGCUCGCAGACGUCAGGUUAGCGGCACAUAGAAGGUUUACACUGCAACUUGCUGUACCCCACAUAUAUCACAAUUUGUUUUUCCAACGUGUUAAUGAUUUUACAGUGAUUUACUAAGUGUGAUCUCAUUUUGCCUACAAACUGCACACCUGCCUUACAUGCAGCAGUCUUCACUCUGCAUCAUGUAUCCAGUGUUCAUGUGAUUCAAUGUUCUUUUUAUAGGUUUUUGUUGCAUAUUAUAUCUAAUUUAAACCUCCUGAGACAAUGAGAGGUCAUAUUAGCCAUAUUUGUUUUCAGCUUUAAUUUCUGUAUGAAUAACAUAGAAUACUGUUGUACUCAGUAAUGUUUCCACAGCGCCGACUGUUCAAAACAAAAGGUCGUCAUCAAGAAGCAAUAAAGUUACAGUGCUGUGAAAAAGUA